GAGGCAGAACACAGCGAGUCUGCAUCAGCACCAGCUUCUAGCAUCUCUGCUCUCCAUCAUCUAUCAGAGUGGGAUACAGGGGGUGGGGGGUUGAACGAAAGAGGACACCCUAAUAGAAUAUAGUGGAAUGGGCUAAAGCAGGUGAAAGAGGGGAGACAGCCAGAGAAGAGAGGGACCUUUGUAACGCUGCAGAAGGAGGAGUUGGGGGGGAGAGGAGAAGAGAGGAGGUGGUAGUGGCAACGGCUGGGGGGGGUUAGGAGUGCAGCCGGUUUGCACCUAAAGGUUCAACAGAAAGCGGAACAGUAAAUGGAGGAGAGGAACCUUGUUGCAUCUCCUCAAUUGGAGUAGAGCUCCAAGGAUCAGAACUCCUGGAAUGUCCCAUAUCAUGGUUCACGUUACAAAGGGUAAGAAAUAAAGAUGGAGUCAUUGUAAAGACAAGGAUGGGACAAUCCAUCAGACAAAGGGCUUAUGAAAACCAUAUACCAAUGCUGUGACGAGAUGGUUAACAGGUGCCGACUGCAAUGAAGGGUUUGGGGGACGCCCGUGUACGGCACCUCUCGGGAACCCUGGAUUCCCAUCCAGAUUCCCUGUAUAUCCAACAGGAACGGACACCAUAUUUAAUCAGCUCCACAGACUCCUACCCCCCGGAGCCUCGGUAUACACCUGAGAAUUCCCUGCACCCAGACUGCCUAUAUCCACUCAACAAUCAGCUCUCCAACAGUAGCACCUUUCCACGGAUCCACUUUAAUUCUCAUUAUGAACCACCAGAGGACACUCCAUCCUACCCAACCCCCCAUGUUCCACCUGCUAAAAUCAAUAGGCUUCCUGCUAGCCUCCUGGAUCAGUUUGAGAAACAACUGCCAGUCCACAAGGAUGGCUUCAGCACCUUGCAGUUCCAGAGGGGGGCACCAGAGGGCAAGGACCGAAGUGAGAGUCCUGGACGUAUACGCCACCUGGUCAACUCCGUGCAGAAGCUGUUUAACAAAUCACAGUCCCUGGAAGGUGGAGGCAGAGCCAGUGUGAAUGGCAAAAAGGGAUCAUCAGAGGACUCUAAGGGGACAAGACGAAGCAAAAGCAAAGAGCGUGGCAAAGGAGAUGGAAAAGGGCAAACUAGGGGGAGUGGGGUAUCUGGGUGGUGGAGUUCAGAUGACAAUUUGGACAGUGACACAGGGGGUUACCGCAACCCAGCAGGGAUGAUGACUUUGGGAAGAAGACCAGAGCAUGCAGCUCGACAUUUCAUUAGUGGAUACAACACUAUCAGUGAGAGCAUGCUGAAGGCAUCCAAAAGCAAUAAUGACCUCAAGUUCACACCCUUCCAGCCUCCAUCCCUCACAUUGUCUCCUCUGCCAACCCCACAAGAGAUGCUCCCUGCCAGCUCAACAUCCACGUUAAAAAGAGGAUCUUGGUCCACGCUGACUCUGAGCCACGCCCGUGAGGUGUGCCAAAAGGCUUCGGCUACCAUAGACAAAGCUUUUCUCAAGUCCAAGUCCUGUCAUCAGGAUCUCAGCUAUCAGUAUUUGCAGGUACCAAGUGGGGACUGGAAUGGACCACCAGUUAAAGAUGAUGAUAUCCCUUGCAGGCGGAUGCGGAGUGGCAGCUAUAUCAAGGCCAUGGGGGAUGUCGAUAGUGAUGAGUCGGAGGGCAGCCCUCAACCAUCCCCCAAAACUGCAGCGAGGAGGCAGAGCUACCUCAAGGCCACACAGCUGUCGCUCAGCGAGCAGAGCACCACCCAGAGGAGCCUGGACCGUGUGGAUUCUAUGGAGAUUCUCUCCCCUCCGAAGUUUCAGAGCUGGGAAGAGGACUAUAACCAGAUGACUGAGAGUGUAGCAGAAGACAGCAGUGUGUGCCAGGAUAGUGUACCUCGCUGCCUGAUACAGUACCAAAUUCCAGAAGUAGAAGAUCAAAGGGAUAGGUAUCACCUAAACCAGGCGAUAGAGGAACAGAGGGAGAGGUACCAACUGAGCCAGGCAGUAGAGGAACAGAGGGAGAGGUACCAACUGAGCCAGGCAGUAGAGGAACAGAGGGAGAGGUACCAACUGAGUCAGACUGUAGAGGAACAAAGGGAUCGUUUUCAGUUGUGCCAAGUUCCAGAGGAGCAGAUAGAGAGGUUCACCCUUUGCCAAGUCCCCGAAGAGCAAAACAGGUUUCAGCUGUGCCAGGUGGUGGAGGAACAGAUAGAACGAUACUCGCCUGAAGAUCCCAGGGAAAGAUUUCCAUUAAAUCAGGUCCCCGAAGAAAAAAGAGAACGGUACCCACUGUGUACAGUGCCGGAGGAGCAAAGAGAGCGCUACCCAAUGUGCCAGGCAGAAGAAGAGCAAAGUGACAGGUUCCCAAUGGUUCCAUCAGUUUUUGAAGAUUCUGGUCCUGUCAAAAAUGAGGCAUUUGACCUCAAUCUGCCCAACUACUUCCGCUCACGCAGCCACAGCUACCUCCGUGCUAUCCAGGCUGGCUGCUCAGAGGACGACGACACUACAUCCCUGCAGUCUAUGUCCCCCCCACUGCCAGUCACCAGCCGGACCCUACCCAGACAUAUCGGCUCCUCGUGUCUGGUGGGCUACAAGAAGACCCCUCCACCAGUGCCCCCUCGCACCACCUCCAAACCCUUCAUAUCGGUAAUUGUACAGAGUAGUACUGAAUCUGCCCAAGACUCCUACCUGGAUGCACAGGAGGGGCAGAGUGAGGGCAACAGCCAAUCAGGGCUCAGCACUUCCACUGAGAGCCUGGAGAGCACCCGUGCACCCAGCGUGACACGCAUUGGACCCCCCACCCCUAUCAGACAGGUCCCCCCCGAGAUACCCCCUAAAAAUGCAUCUGUGAGAAUUAACAAGGAAGAGCCACGUGCCCCAGAGCCCCUCCCCAAACGCAAGCUGUCAUCCAUCGGCAUCCAGGUGGACAGUAUACAGCCAGUGCCUAUUCCUGAGCUGCCCCCACCUGCCAAAUUCCAGUCCAUUGGAGUCCAGGUGGAGGAGGAGUGGAGAAACAGCCGCUCUAGCAGCAUGACGUCUAAGCAGGAGACAGACUCCGACACACAAGAGCCGAGUAAUUCCUCCGACAAAAGCCUCACAGACUGCCCCACACCUCGCCAGCCUAACCCAUGCCCUCCUGUUCCCCUUCCUAAGAAGCACCUCUCCUAUGGAGAUGGAGGGGACCCAGAGGCCUCUGCCCUUCCACCCCCCGAUCCAUGGCUGGACUCUGCAGCCUCUCCUCCUUCUUCUGAGCCAGCCCAGGUAGCCGCAUGCCGCAGGGAUGGACACUGGUUUCUAAAGCUGCUACAAGCUGAGACAGAGAGACUGGAUGGCUGGUGCAGACAGAUGCAGAGAGAGACCGGCGAUAACAACCUGUGUGAAGAAGUGAUCGGGAAGGUGCUCAGUGCAGUUGGAAGUGCCCAGCUUUUAACAUCACAGAAAUUCCAGCAGUUCCGCGGCUUGUGUGAGCAAAACCUGAAUCCAAAUUCCAACCCACGCCCCUCUGCACAGGAUUUGGCUGGUUUCUGGGACCUGCUGCAGCUCUCCAUAGAGGAUAUCAGUAUGAAGUUCGAUGAACUCUUCCAGCUCAAGACUAAUGGAUGGGCACCGAGUGAAACGCCGGACAGAAAUGAGAUAAAGAGGGCCCCUCCCCCAGUGCCAAAGAAGCCAGCCCGGCCCAAGCCCCCUCUGAGCCGUGACAAAGCGCCAGGCCCUUCCAACAGUGACAAGCAGAGACAAGAAGCACGGAAGAGGCUAAUGGCAGCCAAGCGAGCUGCCUCCGUUCGCCAGAACUCUGCCACUGAGAGUGCGGACAGCAUCGAGAUCUAUGUGCCCGAGGCACAGACGCGGCUCUGAGUGUACGAGCUUUGGUUGAGCUGCGUGAGAUGAACAGAGGGGCCGCGGUAUUCAACCAGAAACUGACAGACUCAAGCGGGAGACACAGGGAGUUGGGCACAAGAGCACUCUUUAGGUCACUAGUGCUUGGCAGUCUGACCGCAGAGCUCUCGAGAGCAAGCCAGGACUAUUUCUUAUCUAAUUAUUCUCAUUAAUAUUAAGGAGCUUAUCAGGUCUUUGUGGGGAAGAGAUCUCAGAAGGAAGUGUGUGGGAGGGAAAAUCAUGUGAUAUAGCCUCCCGCCAGUCCUCUCUAUGCCCAGAGCAAUGGCAAUAAGGCACCCAGUAAGUCUCAUCAAUACAGAGUACCCUUGACCCUCCCCAGUAUUGGACUGUAUCCCGUAUUUUUUUAGCAUUUGUCUGUGUCAGUAGCACCCAUUGCAAUAAGGAAACUCCCCCAGCCCUUCCUAUUGGAGAAGGAGCAUGUGGCUUUAUUAAUUGGUACUGGGCAAUACAAUGCUCAUCUUGUCCUAAGUGUUCCAUUUUGGAACCAUUCACCUCUAGGCAGUGACCUGUUAUGUUCUGCACUUACCCAAUGCUCUGCACCAAGGUGCGUAAGAUGGAGCCAUCCUGCUCUGUGUAGGUUCCUGGCCCUACUGGCAGAUAAUGAUUAUUUAUUUUUGACAUAGACACAAGUUUUAUACUGAUUUUGGUGGCUUAGGGUUGACAGGGUUCUAUCCUUAGAAUUAAAGAUGUGGGCCAGCCCCUUUCUACUUGGUUGCAAUAUGUUAGAAUAUCGGUGAUUUUAAACCCUUAUCUGCUAGACAGGCCGGCACCAAAUUGGUAUAUAAAGCACACUGCACUAUAUAGUAAAGCAGAGUACCACUAAACUAUACGGAUGAACCAACCAAACUCUACUACAUGUUGCUAUACACUGAUAAUGAACAUGCCGUGCAAUUACUACACCACUAAUAUGCACACACGUCACUGUAACAUGAGGUGGAGUAUCUCUGUACACUAGCUGUGUAUAAAGAUAUGGAGUGUCCUUAUACACUGAGCAAGAACUCUUCAUGCUGUAUAUUGAUGCAGAGUAUCUGUAUACAUUGAUGACAUCAUGAGCUCCCUUGCCCCCGCUGAUCGAUGACAUCACUAAGGAUCACUGGUUUCUUCCCCACAUGACAAUAAACAGGACUGAAUUUCACGUAUUACACACGUGGAAACAGCAUUUUUAGGACAAAAAAUAAAUUUAAAAAAAAAAAGGAAACAUGUUUUGAUGAAUUUUGGAGAAAAAAAAUUAUUCCUAGGGA